AUGGCUCAAGAACAAGGACAGAACCCCCUCCAGGUGCUCUUCAUGGGCACCGGCACCUCCUCCGGCCUCCCGCUCACCCCAUGCCUCACCCUCUCCGCGCCCUAUCCUCAGAAAUGGUCAGACCUCGUCCCCAUCCUCCAAGACCGUCCAGCUCCCCAAUCGACUUCCACAGCCUCUGUCACCUCUGGAUCUGUCAACUCGGUGUUCCCCGGCUCUUACGACCCCGAAGGUCCAUGGCCCAAGAAUAUCCCCUGCACGUGCUGUCGCUCGUCUGUCGAUCCAGAUGUCCCCGAGGGCUGGAAGAACAAAAGGGGGAAUACCAGCGUGGUCUUGCGCAAGAAGAACGGGGAGGGGGUGUGGAAGAAUGUGCUGGUCGACGUGGGAAAGACGUUUAGAGAGCAGGCGAUGAGAAUGUUUCCAAAGUGGGGCGUCAAGACGGUAGAUGCGGUGCUUUUGACCCACGGACAUGCGGAUGCAUACUUUGGCCUGGACGACCUGAGAGAGUGGUGUGAGAGGCAAGGCAAGGCCAUUCCAGUCUAUCUCAAUCGAGAAACGUUUGGCAAGGUCGAAGAGGCCUUUCCUUACAUGGUUGACAAGACCAAGAUCUCUGGUGGUGGCGAUGUCCCCAAAUUGAUCUGGAAGAUUAUUGAAGAUGAAGGCGAAUUCGAAGUCGAAGGGAUCGAUGUCAAAGUCCUACCGGUCCAUCACGGCAUCUACUUCAACUCGGUGCUUCCUCCAACCAACACCGAGACUGCACACGACCCUCCUGUCAAGUCGGAACCUCUACCACUCAUCUGCCUGGCCUUUGAAUUUGACGAGUCAGUCAUCUACAUGUCCGACGUCAGCAACAUUCCCGACCGUACUUGGAAACGUAUGCUCGAGCAUCCCCGGUCUGCCAAGCGCCACACGCUAUUGCCUACCCCUGCCGAGACCCCUGAUGGUGGAGACACUCCUCGUGGUGCGCCACCAAAGAGCCAGUCGCUAAGCGAUUUGACCAACCUGUCCAUCUCGCCUCGCGGUCCCAGUCACCUCGCAGCCAAGGACCAGCAUGCCCUCCCCGUCCUCAUCAUCGACGCUCUGUGGCCUACCAAACCCCAUGCUUCCCACUUCUCCUUAGCCCAAGCCUUGGCCGCUUCUCUCCGCCUCAAGGCAGCCAACACCUAUGUCAUCGGCAGCACCCAUCCCACCUCUCACUUUAUGUGGGAGGAAGUCUGCAGGUCUCUACAAGACCCUGAUGGGAGAGACUAUGAGGUGAGGGAGCAUCCGGAUAUGGCUCAGGCAGAGUGGAUCGUGAGAAGGGUCUGGGACAGGGUGUUUGGCGAAGGGGGCAAUGCAGAGGGGUUGGGAGAGAGGUGGAGGGAAGAGGGCGGCAGGGUGAGGCCUGGGUAUGACGGGUUGGUGCUGGAGGUGGGUGGGGAUAAGGGGGUAGAGAGGGCGGAUCUUAGCGGGAGGGCGCUGUCUUUCUGA